AUGAAAAGGAUCUCUCUAUUCCACCAGACCUGGAAAGCGGCGGAAACGUUGCGUCUGCAAACGCGAGGGUACGUGGACGACAUGAAUUCGGGUGUGCUCGACUUUUUGCCUCUUCUCACUGGUUCGGGGACCCUAAAUCUCACGAUGCCGAUUCUGGAGGGCGGGACUGGCCGGGCAUGUGCGGAACCAGCCUCGUUCUGGCCUGUCCCCCCGCCGGUCCGAGUGCGCCAAUGCAUGCCAGCCGGAGAAGGGCCCAACUAG